GCUGGUCAAGUGGCCUGUAAGGGAAGGCUGUGCACGUCUGGCUUUGUCCCUGAGCAGGGUAGCACAGCCCUCUGCCCACCUGACAUGCUGAGAGGGAGCUGUGCCUCUUGGACCUGACCAGCCUGCCUUUGGGGCGCCUGUUCCUACCAUGCCCAAGAUCAGCCUGGGUGGUGUGACUGUGGAUUUCCCGUUCCCGCCAUACAGAUGCCAGGAGGAGUACAUGGCUAAGGUCCUGGAGUGUCUGCAGAAGAAGGUGAACGGCAUCCUGGAGAGCCCCACGGGCACGGGCAAGACGCUCUGCCUGCUCUGCACCACGCUGGCUUGGCGCGAGCAGCUGCGAGACACCAUCUCUGCCCGCAAGAUCGCCGAGCGGACACAGGGGGAGCUGUUCCCUGAGCAGGCCUCCUCUUCCUGGGGGGUCGCCGCCAGCACUGCUAGCGAUGCUCCAGCUUGCUAUGAGGACCUCCCGAAGAUCAUUUACGCCUCACGGACCCACUCGCAGCUCACGCAGGUUAUCAGCGAGCUACGGAGCACCUCGUACCGGCCCCGAGUGUGUGUGCUGGGCUCCCGGGAUCAGCUGUGCAUUCACCCUGAGGUGAAGAGGCAGGAGAGUAACCAUCUGCAGAUCCACCUGUGCCGCAGGAAGGUGUCGAGCCGCACCUGCCAUUUUUACAACAACGUUGACGAGAAGAGUCUGGAGCAGGAGUUGGUCACCCCCAUCCUGGACAUCGAGGACCUGGUCAGGAGUGGGAACAAGCACAAGGUCUGCCCGUAUUACCUGUCCCGAAACCUGAAGCAACAAGCUGACAUCAUCUUCAUGCCGUACAAUUACCUGCUGGACCCCAAGAGCCGCAGAGCGCACAGCAUUGACCUGAAGGGCACGGUGGUUAUCUUUGACGAAGCUCACAACGUGGAGAAGAUGUGUGAGGAGUCGGCCUCCUUCGACCUGACCCCCCAAGACUUGGCCUCUGGGCUGGACGCCAUCGACCAGGUUCUGGAGGAGCAGACGCGGGCUGCACAGCAGCGGGAGUUCUACCUGGAGCCUGACGUGGGCCUGGGGGGUUCGGGCCUGAAUGUGGAGCUUGAAGACAUGGCAAAACUGAAGAUGAUCCUGCUUCGCUUGGAAGGAGCCAUUGAUGCCAUCGUGUUGCCCGGAGACACUGGUGUUACCAAGCCUGGGAGCUACAUCUUCCAGCUGUUUGCCGAGGCCCAGAUCACGUUUCAGACCAAGGCCUGCAUCCUGGCCUCACUGGACCAAGUCAUCCAGCACCUGGCAGGAGGUGCCAGGGUGUUCACCAACACGGUGGGACUGCAGAAGCUGGCGGACAUCAUCCAGAUGGUCUUCAACACUAACCCUCCCGAGGAUGAGCCUGGCUCUAUGUGGGGACAAGGAGCUUCCAAGUUCUACAAGGUGCACAUCCACCUUGACAGUGGCAGGCGCCGAGUGCAGAGGUCAGAUGCCUGGAACGCUGCAGCCCCCACCAAGCAAGGGAAGGUGUUGAGUUACUGGUGCUUCAGCCCCGGCCACAGCAUGCAGGAGCUCGUGAGCCAGGGAGUGCGCUCCAUCAUCCUCACCAGUGGCACACUGGCCCCCCUGUCUUCCUUUGCUUUGGAGAUGCAGAUCCCCUUCCCUGUCUGCCUGGAGAACCCCCACGUCAUUGACAAGCACCAGAUCUGGGUGGGGGUCAUCCCAAGAGGCCCUGAUGGAGCCCAGCUGAGCUCCGCCUUUGACAAACGGUUUUCCAAGGAGUGCCUGUCCUCACUGGGGAAGGCCUUGGGCAACCUGGCCCGCGUGGUCCCUCAUGGCCUGCUGGUGUUCUUCCCCUCCUACCCGGUGAUGGAGAGGAGCCUGGAGUUCUGGCGGGCUGGGGACUUUGCCCGGCGGGUUGAGGAGACGAAGCCCAUGUUUGUGGAGCCCAGGAGCAAAGGGGGCUUUUCGGAGGUCAUCGGCGCGUACUAUGCCAAGGUGGCCUCUCCGGGCUCUGGUGGGGCCAUCUUCUUGGCUGUGUGUCGGGGAAAGGCCAGCGAGGGACUGGACUUUGCAGAUGGGAACGGCCGUGGGGUGAUUGUCACGGGCCUCCCAUAUCCCCCACGCAAGGACCCCCGGGUCAUCCUCAAGAUGCAGUUCCUGGAUGAGAUGCGGGGCAGGAGUGGAACCAGGGGCCAGUUCCUCUCAGGACAAGAGUGGUACCGGCAGCAAGCAUCCAGGGCGGUGAACCAGGCCAUUGGACGGGUGAUCAGGCACCGCCAGGACUUCGGGGCUGUUUUCCUCUGUGACCACAGGUUCACCCAUGCUGAUGCCAGGGCCCAGCUGCCCUCCUGGGUGCGUCCAUUUGUCCAAGUAUAUGACAGCUUCGGCCCUGUCGUGCGGGAUGUGGCCCAGUUCUUCCGUGUUGCCCAGAGAAUGAUGCCUGCACCAGCCCCCAGUGCUGCCACCCCGAGCCCAGCCCUAGGAGAUGGGGCCACUACUGCGGGGGCUCUGUCGCUGGGCCCUCAGUUCCCACCCAGGCGGGCCAGGAGCCUGGACGUGCAUGUGCCCAGCCUGCAACGGAGGCCUGCAGGCUCACUUACCGCUGGGGCCUCGGACAGCAGCCUGUGUCUGGAGUACCAGCAGGAGCCAGCGCUGACCCGGCUGAGGCCAAGGGGGCUGCUGGCUGCCCUGGAGAGCAGUGAGCAGCAGACUGAGGGGUCUGGGGCCACAGCCAUCCUUGGGGAGGAGCAGGCGUGCCGCCGCUCCACGCUGUCGCUGCAGCAUGAGAAGAGGCUGGUGGACGAGCAGCGAGGGGGCAGGAAGAGGAUCAAGCUGGUCAGUGCCCCCCACCCACAGGAGGCGGCGUGUCCCAGUGACCAGGCGGGCAGGGCCAAGCUGUUCAUGGCGGCUGUGAAGCAGGUGCUGAGCCAGGCCAGCUUUGACGUCUUCACACGGGCCCUGCGUGACUACAAGCACUUGGAUGACCUCAAUCACCUCACCGCCUGCCUUGGGCCCCUCUUCACUGAGGACCCUGGGAAGCACAGCCUGCUCCGGGGGCUCUACCAGUUUGUGCGCCCCCACCACAAGCAGCAGUUUGAGGAGACCUGCCGCAGGCUAACGGGCCAGGGCUGCGGCUAUGGGCCCAAGCCCAGCUUGCCUGGAGGAGCGCGGGGGCCUGACCCCAAGCUGACAGUUGCUGAGGGUGCGGCAGGACAGCUGGACGCCAGUGUGCAUCUGAACCAGGGUGGGCCUCACCUGUCCUCCAGGCCUCCCGACACAGGGGAGCCCAGUGGGCACCCAGGAGUGGGCCAACUGGGCCAGCCCACCGUGAGCACCUACUUGGCAGACGUCCGCAGGGCCCUGGGGUCUGAAGGCUGCAGCCAGCUCACGGCAGCGCUGACCACAUACAAGAAGGAUGACAACUAUGCGAAAGUGGCAGCUGUAGUGGCUGCCCUCACCACCUCUAGACCUGAGGAUUUCCAGCUGCUGCACAGAUUUGGCAUGUUUGUACGCCCUCACCACCAGCGGCAGUUCCGGCAGAUGUGCGCAGACUUGAUGGGCCAGCCUACUCCAUGUGGGGGCACAAGACCCCUGGAAGCACAGGACACUGGCCCCUCCAGACCUCUAGGCUGGGAGUCCACUCAUGGAUCUGAGGCGCCUGCCAGUCCUGGCUUCUAGGACAUGCCUGGCCUGCCACACUGCCACCCGGAAGCAGAGCCUCUCCCAAGUGUUCUGGCCUGUGCCUGAGGGGGCCUGCUGGGACAGACAUGAGACCCCUACCUCCCUGGCCCCGUCAUUUGAGCCAGCAGCCCAGUGCCACAACACAGGCCCCAGGGCUGGCAGGGGCUCUCCACACAAAGGGCAGCUCCAAGCUGGUGCUGAGCCUCCCAUCUGACCCAGGCCUAGAAGGAGGGGCGAGCUGCCCAGUGGGAGUCACUGGCCCCCCCCCAGGGGGUCAUCCUCAUUCUUAAUUUGACAGCAGGAGCCCCCUGAAUAAAGCUGCUAACAGUGCCUACACCCUGA